AUGGAAGCACUCAAUGAAAAGAAGAAACAAGACGAAGCAUUUUCAGUCGACAAGUGUCUCGAUGAAGUUGAUGCAAUGGAACUUACUGAUGUGGAGAAGGCGUAUGCUAUGAAUAUCUUCAAAUCUGAGAUUGACAGGGAGGUAUUCAUGAAAAUGAAAAACAAAAAUAUUCGUUUGAUUUGGCUCAAACAGCAGAUUAGUGCUAUCUGUGGAGGAAAUGUUGGUGGAGGCAAUGUUUGA